GCCAGCUCUGCUGUCACAGGUCCCUGAUCCUGCUUCUCUACGCUGAUAAUGUCCCAUAAAAUCUACACCACCGUUUGAAAAAUGUCGACAAGAGAGGAGAGCUCGGCUUUUUCCCCGUCUUCACACAGCACUGUGCCUGAAGAGGUUCAAGUGUGGAAGAAAUCAGACCAGUAAGGGGACCUGGACCUGUAUUCAACAGUCUGUAGGAUCAGGAUUUGGUUCAUGUACACCACAAAUGUAGGAUGAAGUGGUGUCCCGGCUCAGUGAUCCACCUGCUGCGGUGUGUGCGGCUCCGCUCUUGUGGCAGGAGAGGAAAGAGCAGGCUGCCUCCAUGGAUUAGGAAGAUAUGGGCUUACAUGAGGCUGCUGCUGCAGUCACUGUGCUUCAACUCCCUCACCAACUCAGAUGUGGUUUUCGACUCACUCUUUGAGCCCAUUUUUUGGACUGUGGAAUAUGUCACCCGCUGGUUUGGAGUGGUGUUUGUAGUUCUGGUGGUGAUUCUGAUCAGCUCCAUUGUAGUCAUAGCCUACAUUGUCCUCCUGCCGCUGAUCCUCAACACCUACUCUCCUGCAUGGAUUGCUUGGCAUGUGUGUUACGGCCACUGGAACCUCGUCAUGAUCGCCUUCCAUUACUACAAAGCAACCAAGACUUCUCCUGGGUUUCUCCCUAAGGAAAUCUCUGACACACCCUUUGUCUCAGUUUGCAAGAAGUGCAUCUUGCCUAAACCAGCGAGAACACACCACUGUGGUAUCUGUAACCGGUGUAUUUUGAAAAUGGACCAUCAUUGUCCCUGGCUAAAUAACUGCGUGGGCCAUUUCAAUCACCGCUACUUUUUCUCCUUCUGUCUCUUCAUGACCCUGGGCUGUGUUUACUGCAGCAUCAGUGGCAGAAACCUGUUCAUAGAUGCGUACAAUGCUCUGGAGCGCUUUAAGCAUAUGGAUAUGGAAAAACCAGGGAUACCAGUAACUGGAAUGGGGGUUCUGUUAGGACUUCUUCCUCCUGGUCAGAGUACUUUUCAGACAGCUCCACCACCAUACACAUUCAAGGAUAAAAUGAUUCAUAAGAGCAUCAUCUACAUGUGGGUCCUCACCAGCACAGCGGGAUUGUCUCUGGGAGCUUUGACCAUUUGGCACGCGGUGCUCAUAUCCAGAGGCGAGACCAGCAUUGAAAAGCAUACAAACAAAAGCGAAACAAAGCGAAUGGCCCAAAAGGGAAGGGUGUACAGAAAUCCUUUUCACUACGGAAGGCUGAAUAACUGGAAAAUCUUCCUCGGCGUGGAGAAGAGAAGUCACUGGGUGACGCGGGUUCUUCUUCCUUCUGGACACCCGCCAUACGGCGACGGCUUAACAUGGAACAUCUUCUCAGUUCACAAUGACCUGAUACCUGUAUGACAAAACUCACUUUAGGCAGAUUUACUGCCUAAUUUGUCAAUCCUCUGCUCUGUCAACCUCCUUCAUCCAGUUGGAUAAAAGAACCCUUCAAGACAUGAGUUCUUUCCAGCCUCCAGUACCUCAAAAACCUGCUGAGACGUAGCUCCUCCUUCUGCAAUCUGCAUUUUCCAGCAGUGCAAAGUGUAGUGAAUUCUUCAUUGUCUGCCGGGUUUUUACACGUUUCUGUAAACUGGUUUUACUUGACGACAAACCUUGUGCUAUCAUGGGUUUGAUAUUUUUCUAAGACAUUGAGCUAUCUGAUAAAUCAAACUAUAUGAACUUGUGUAUUUUUUUUUUGGAAUCUCUUAAAGAAAAAGCUCUUCAGUUGGCAACACAGUGGUCCAUCUUCAUACCUUAUUCAUCAUCUACCAGUUCUGUACUGCAGUCUAAUAUCAUUUGUUUCUCACAUUCAUUGGAAAAUGACAGUAUCAUGAAAACAUGUUGUUUGUUUUUUGUAUCUGUUAAGUUAAUAAAACUUUAUACCUUG